AUGAGUUUCUCCAGGUUCCUAGUUUUUCUUUCCCUUGUGCAUGGUCCAUUACAGUCACUGGAUGACACAGAAAGAUUUUGGACAGAAGAUGUUUCAACUGGUAUUCACUAUCAGAUAAACUCAGAAUCAGCUCUAACAUGGCACCAAGCAAGGAAAAGCUGUCAGCAGCAAAAUGCAGAGCUAUUAAGUAUCACAGAGAUACAUGAGCAGGCAUAUAUAGGAGAGCUAAUAAAAAACUUCAGUUUUCCAUUCUGGAUUGGUUUGAAUGCUUUGAAUUUCAACAGUGGAUGGCAAUGGGCUGGGGGCAGCCCUUUCAGAUAUUUAAACUGGGCUCCAGGAAGUCCUUUCCUGCUCCCUGGGAAAAUCUGUGGAGUGAUGAAUCCCAAAAAGAAUGCUAAAUGGGAAAACCAAGCAUGUAACCAGAGACUUGGCUACAUUUGUAAAAAGAGAAAUUUCAGUUCAAAGUCUGACAUUAUACCCAAAGAAGAGUUGAGAGCUAUUAAGUGCACAGAUGGUUGGUUGCCAUAUGCAGGGCACUGCUACAGCCUUCAACAAGAACUCAAAACAUGGAAAGAUGCUCUGACUUCAUGUAAGAAUCAAGAUGGAGAUUUGGCGAGUGUGCACAACAUUGCUGAAUACAGCUUUCUAUUGUCACAGCUUGGUUACAAGCCAACAGAAGAGCUAUGGCUGGGUCUCAACGACCUGAAAGCUCACUUCUAUUUUGAGUGGAGUGAUGAGACUCCUGUGACAUUCACCAAAUGGCAGCGCAGGGAUCCCACCUACAGAAACGGUUUGGAGGACUGCGUUGCUAUGAAGGGGCAGGAUGGAUACUGGUCAACUGAUGUUUGUGAUAAGCAGCUUGGUUACAUCUGUAAAAAGAAACCUUCAUCACAAUCCUCAGAAAAAGAGACAAUAGAGGACCCAGGCUGUCAGAAAGGUUGGAAAAGAUAUGGUUUCCACUGUUAUUUGGUCGGCUCUGCACUGCUGAUGUUCUCAGAAGCAAGUAAGACAUGUGAACAGAACAAAGCUCAUCUAGCCACAGUGGAAAGCAGAAAUGAACAAGCCUUUUUGAUUAGUCUGACGGGGCUGAGGUCUGAAAAAUAUUUCUGGAUUGGUCUCUCCAACACAGAAGAACAAGGGAGUUUCAAGUGGACCAGUGGUGAAACUCCUCUCUUCACACACUGGAACAUAGAAAUGCCAGGAAAAGAACAAGGCUGUGUUGCCAUGGGAACUGGAAUUACAGCUGGAUUAUGGGAUGUUGUCAGCUGUGAGAAGACAGCAAAUUUUCUUUGCAAACAGCAGGCAGCAGGAGUCCUGCCUCCCACUCCUCUGGUACAGGUUCCUGCAGCUGCCUGUGCUGAAGGCUGGGACAGAGCUUCCCGGGCAGACUCAUGCUUAAAAUUUUUUGUGAGAGAGGGAAACCAAAAGAAGUCUUGGUUUGAGGCUGAAGAAUUCUGUAGAGAAAUAGGAGGAAAUCUGGUCACAAUCAAUACAAGAGAAGAUCAAAUUUUAACAUGGCAAUUAGCAUCUGAUAAAGGUCUGAGCUCUCAGGCUUUCUGGAUUGGUUUGUUUCUCUUGAAUCCUGAUGAAGGGUUUGCCUGGAUUGAUGGUUCCCCUGUAACUUAUGAGAACUGGGAUGAAGAUGAACCCAACAAUCAUGAAGAACUUGAACAUUGUGUUAUGUUUAAUAGAUCACCUCAAAUGCGCUGGAAUGACUUGCGCUGUGAACAUUUACUUAAUUGGAUUUGUGAAACAAAAAAAGAUACACUGCUAAAACCUGAACCACAUGACUACCAACUUGAAUAUCAAACCACUGGUGAUGGAUGGGUUAUACAUGAAGAUAAGCAGUACUAUUUCAGCAUAGAACAUGUCCAUAUGGAAGAAGCACGGAGAAUUUGUCAGAAGAACUUUGCAGAUCUUGUUGUCAUUGAGCAUGAAAGAAAAAGACAAUUUCUCUGGCAAUAUGUUCACACAAAACACAGAGAGAAAUCAUAUUUCAUUGGCUUAGUUGUCAGCUUUGAUCAGAAAUUCAGCUGGUUGGAUAAGACCCCAGUGAAUUAUGUUGCCUGGGCUCCAAAUGAACCCAACUUUGUUAAUAAUGAUGAAAACUGUGUGAUAAUGUCCAAAGAUUUUGGCCUUUGGAAAGAUAUAAGUUGUGCUGUGAAAAAUAACUUCAUCUGUGAAAGGCACAACUCGAAUUACUCAGGAUUUACUCCUACUGUGUUUCAACCUUUGGGAGGAUGUCCUGAAACUUGGCUUUUAUUUAAGAACAAGUGUUACAAAAUAUUUGGAUCCAAAGAAGAGGAAAGACUGACUUGGCACUCUGCCAGAAGUGCUUGUAUAGAAUUUGGGGGGAAUUUGGCCUCUAUACACGAUGAACAAGUGCAAGCCUUCCUCACCUUCCACAUGAAAGAUGUCUCCAAUGAAACAUGGAUUGGACUGAAUGAUAUUACCACUGAGAAUAACUACCUUUGGACAGAUGGAAGUGUUUUUGACUAUUCAAAGUGGGGAACAAAAUUCCCAUUUAGAGAUGAAUACGUAAGAGUUGACUGGAAAUAUAUUACAAUAGAGACUGACUGUAUUGCAAUGACAACAAGAUCUGUAGAUAAAGCAGGGUACUGGGAAAACACUGACUGCCAGCAUAACAAAAGCUAUAUUUGCCAGAUGGCCAGCAAGCCUGAACUGUGGCAUUCCACAACUGCUCCAGCUUCUGGUUUCAUCCAUUAUGGUAACAGCAGCUACUCAAUCAUUCCUUCUAAAAUGAGUUGGGAGGAAGCAAGAAAAGCCUGCAAGGAGAAAUCUUCAGAGCUUGCCAGCAUUUUUGAUUAUUACAGUAAUAUAUACCUGCUGCUGCAGGCAGUGCAAUAUGGAGAGUCCUUAUGGAUUGGGCUCAACAGCAAUGUGACUUACGGCUAUUACAGAUGGACAGAUAAAAGGAAAAUAAUUUUUUCUCAUUGGGACUAUGGAGAACCAAACCAGCAAAUAGCCUGUGUCUAUCUAGGUCUCCAGGGGACCUGGAAAACAGCGCCUUGCAAUGAAAAGCAUUUUCCUGUCUGCAAAAAAUCUGAGCAUGUACUUCCUUCUGAUCCCCCUCAGGAUAUUGGAAAAUGUCCUGAAUCAGAUCACAGAUUUUGGAUUCCUUUUGGAAGCUACUGCUAUAACUUCAAUGCCAAUGAAAUGAGCUGGGCUCAGUCUGUGGCUCAAUGCAUUCAAUCAGGUGGUAUGCUGACUUCUGUAGAAGAUCUGGCUGAAUCAAACUUUUUAGCAAAGCAUGCAGACUUCUACACAAGCAAGACAAGUGGCUUUUGGAUAGGAAUAUACAGAAAUGUAAACGGGCAGCUGCUGUGGCAAGACAACAGUGCCUUAGACUUUGUCAACUGGGGUGAAGGCCAGCCCUCCGGGGAGCUGCUCGAUUACUGCGUGGAGUUGUCCACAUUCACCGGCUACUGGAGUUUCCUUCCUUGCUCUUCCCAAAAGGGUUUUAUUUGUAAGAAACCAAAGACAAUUCCUAAAGCAGCUGCAGACAUGGAAGGUAAGAAACGACAUGGUGACACGAACAUGUGGAUCUUGCUUACUCUGGCUGUCAUCAUUUUAUUAGCAGUGGGCUUGAUGAUUUACUACUUAUUCAAGAUCAAAAUUCAGUGUGAGAUUGAGAGAAAGGCAAGGCAGCACAGCACACUGGUAGAAUACAGCCAUAUCCUACCUAGAAAGGACAAUGAAAAUUAUUCUACUGACAACAAAGAAAAAAAUGAACAUAGCAUUGUCUAA